ACGUUGCUUUAUUAGACGUAAAUGUAUCCGUCUGAGCACCCUAGCAGAGCACCCUGAAUGAAAUCGGAGCAGGUACAUUUCCUAGUUUUAACGUGCUUUUAAAACAAACAAGCAUUUAUUUAGACCUCAGAUGCAGAAGUGUUUAGUGUUUAGUGUUUACAGCAUUAAUGCCACUGUUCGUGCGCUGUCAGAACAGUGAAGUCCUGAGUGAACUACAGCAAGGCUAGCUGUGAGCUAGCGCCGAGCAAAGCCGACCGAAGAAGCCGGUGAGUGAAGGGAAAUCCGGAAAAGCUGGAAGUGCUCCAUCGGCGUUGUUUAAUUUUCAGGACGAAUGACAGCGCGGAAAACAAAUCUGCGAUCCGUUCACGUUUAUCUGGCUGUUCAUUAAACCUCUCUGACUGGUAAACUAACCGGGACAGAUCUUGAGCUAAGAGCCGUUAGCGUAGCGGGGUCGCACUGAUAAACAGGAACCUUUAAAGUCCCAUCACCCCAACAUCAGGGCAGCUUUGGACCAGGACUAUGGCCAGUGGGACCACAGCAGGCUUCUCUCGGCAGUCUAAUGGAGAAAGGGCAACGGGACAUGUCUCUUCUUCUGACCGCAAGUUUCGAUACCAGUCCGAAUCAGAGACUGACAUUGUACCGACAGCCAAGAGCUUAUCUCGGCUGUGCAGCAGAAACGAGGAGGAACGGGCUACGGCUCUGGAGCAGCUCACCGACAGUGUCUUGAUGUGUUUGGGUUUGGACCGGCCCGGAUCGAACCGGCUCAGUCAAAAAACACUUCUGCAUCUUCUCCGGCUAUCACUGUCUUGCCCCCUACAAGAGGUCCGUGAGAAGGCCACCGAGCUGCUUCGGUCAGCGCAGGAACAAGGGGUAGCAGUACCUCGAGCGCUGGCUUCAGGUCCUAGUGCCUUUAUACCAGCAAAACAGAUUUUGCAAGAAGGACUUGAUCAGGACAUCCUUAUUGAAUCUUUCCUCUCACUGGGUCGGGUGGACCACGUCACAAUGGUCAUGGCUCUUCACCCAGCCUACCUCAGCUGCUUUUUGAGGACCCAGCAUGCUUUGCUGGAGAUGGACGGGCCAUUGCCACGUCACUGGAGACAUUACAUCGCUGUUAUGGCUUCAGCUAGGCACCAUUGCUCAUAUUUGGUCCAACAGCACAGUGCAAGUUUCUUGGAGGCGGGCGGUGAGGAGAGCUGGCUCAGUGGCUUGGAGCAGGCUCCAACUAAACUGCGCAGCCUUCAGACCCUCAACAAACUGAUGGCACACAGACCCUGGCUCAUCACAGAGCAGCACAUCCAGGCCUUGGUGUGUCCUGGGGCAGAUGCUCGCUGGUCAUUGGCCGAGCUGAUACACGCUAUUGUGGUAUUGGCGCAUGCUCAUUCACUCUGCUCCUUUGUGUGGGGCUGUGGCCUGAACCCUGAGUCCGACCAUAUCGGAGGCUUCACCUUCCAGCCCUCCUCCCCCAGUCAUGUCCCCAGAAGUCCCCACAGUCCCACUCAUGAGGAUGGCAGGCAAGAGCUGGUGGACGGAGCCAUGGAGGUGGAAGUAUUGAUGAAGAGGAUGGUGGAGUUACAACAGCAGGAGGAAGAGUGCUCUCAGGAGGAAAUAAUUACUCGUUUUGAAAGGGAGAGGAGCGAAAGCAUUCCCACUGCCGUGGUCCGUGGAGCCCCCCCUGACAUGGUGCGGUGCCUGGUGGAGGAUCCAGACUUUAGAUAUGAGGACUUUGCACCCAGAGGAGAGCAGUGUCCCACCACCAUGAGAGCACAGGACUAUUCCUGGGAGGACCAUGGCUAUUCUCUGGUCAAUAGACUCUUGCCUGACAUGGGACAGCUUUUGGAUGAGAAGUUUCAGGUUGUCAGUAACAUGACUUACCACCGGAUGGCAAUGCAUGAGGGUGUUGAUACACACACUUUGAGGAAGGCUCUUUGGAACUACAUCCAUUGUCUAUAUGGCAUUCGCUAUGAUGACUAUGACUAUGGCAGUGUCAAUAUAUUGUUGGAGCGUUCUCUCAAAGUAUUUGUGAAGACCAUGGCCUGUCAUCCAGAGCAGACCACAGCACGCAUCUACCAUGACUUCUGGAUACAUUUCCGACACUCAGAGAAGGUUCAUGCUAAUCUUAUAGUGAUGGAGGCCCGUCUACAAGCUGCCCUGCUAUACACGUUACGAGCUAUAACGCACUACAUGAGAUGACAUAUUCACACACACACAUUCAAAAUAUGAAAGACAGCUACAACUUUGCAAAUGCUGAGCCAGCUGAGAUACCGUAGCACAAAUGUGAUAAAAGUGAAUUCAUGAUUUUGCACAAAUGUAACACACUACAAUGAAUGCUUGUAUUUGCAUAUGUUAUUUUUUCAGUGUUAAUUAUUGAUGCUGCUUUGCGACAAGGAUAAUGUGUUACUUUUAUUGCACUGAAUUUCUCCAUAUUUAGUUUUCUUGAGUUAAACAUAUCCGAACCUCAAACAUAUGUCUUGGCUUGAUGUCAUAUCACUCACAAAUCAUCACUGUAGGUAUUAGUUAUUUAUGUGACUGCUGUCCUACUCAUCAGACUACCCCCAUACCUCAAUAUAUGAUAAAAAUGGACUACCUUGUAUUUUUCUACACAAUAAAGUUACUUUGUUAAAAAUAUAA